AUGGGGAUCUACACCAUGUGUCCUGCUCUGCUCACCUGUACUCUGAUCAUGUUGGCAGUGCUGACUGACCGUCAGUCCCAGGCCUGCCCAGGAGAACAUGUGCCUCGGGAAGUGGUGCUGCUAUGGUUGAAGCAACGUAUCCUGGAGGGGCUUGGGCUAGAUGAGCCCCCUUUGCUCACACUGCAGAGGCCGCUUGGCGAGAGGGUGGACAGGGCAGCCCAACACGGAGCGUCACGAGUGAGCAGGGCGACCAGAGUGGAGCAAAGGCAGCAUCAGGAGACCUCGCAAGUUAUCCUGUUCCCCAGCUCCGACUCUACCUGUCUGCAUACGUCAAAUUUGUCCACCUCAGAGGCCUCCAGCCACUUCACCUAUUACUUCCAGCUGUCUCUGGACAACCAGGAGUCCGUCAUCACCUCUGCCCACUUCUGGUUCUACGCUGGUGAGGCCAUUGCAGGAGAUGCUAUCCCUGCCCCCCUCUACAUCCUCACAUCGCGCCAGGAGCUGCUAGAGGUGGCCAAAACACCGGCAAAGAGCAGUCCUGAUGGCUGGACCACCUAUCGACUGGACCGCCAUCUCCACGCUGCUAUGGCAGAUGGGCCGUUCAUGCUGCAGGUCCGAUGCCCAGCCUGCGGAUGUUACAGCUCGGAGGAGGACAAGACCCCCUUCCUGCACCUUCAUACCAGGCCACAUGCGCCUGACCGAGCCCGCAGGGCCCCGAGCAUCCCCUGGUCACCGAGCGCCAUUGAGAAGCUCCAGAGGCCUUCAUCUGAAGGCAUCAACAUCGACUGCAAGAGGGAGCAGAUUGAGAUAUCCUUCCAAGAGUUAGGUUGGGAUAACUGGAUCGUGCACCCAAAGGUAUUCAACUUCCACUACUGUCAUGGUAACUGCUCCAGCCUGGAGCGCACCACCACUUUGCUGGGGAUAAACCAGUGCUGUGCACCGGUGCCCGAGAGCAUGAAGUCACUCCGUUUCACCACCACUUCUGACGGAGGCUUCUCCUUCAAGUAUGAAACCCUGCCCAACAUCAUUCCUGAGGAGUGCAACUGCUUUUGA